GAAAGAAGUCCCAUGCAACGAGAAAAUGAAACCUCUUCAUGUAGCCAUGUUCCCAUGGUUUGCAUUUGGUCACAUGACCCCUUUUCUCCACCUUUCCAAUGAGCUCGCCCAACGCGGCUACAAAGUCUCAUUCUUGCUCCCAAACAAGGCCUUGUCCCAGCUUCGACAACAUAAUCUCCACCCGGACCUCAUCACCUUUUACCCUAUCUCGGUUCCCCACAUUCCGGGUCUACCCACAGGCACUGAAACUGCUUCCGACAUCCCCAUCGCACUCACCUCACUUCUCGCCACCGCUAUGGAUAUGACUCGACCCGAGGUCGAGACCCUAUUGAUCAGAGACCUUCAUCCGGAUCUCAUCCUCUAUGACACUGCACCAUGGAUCCCGGAUAUCGGGUUCAAGACAGUUUGUUAUAAUGUUGUCUCGGCUGCAUCUCUUGCAAUAGCGUUGGUUCCAGCACUGAAGCGGCCGCAAGAAGACGGUGAGCUACUUCAGCCACCGCCGGGGUACCCUUCAUCUAAGAUAGUGCUGAGGAAACACGAGGCCCGAGCUUUAUCCUUCAUAUUCACAGAGUUCGGUAGUGGCCUCACGUUCUACAACCGAAUCACAACAGCUUUAGCGAAAGCAGACGCCAUCGCAAUUCGUACGUGCCGUGAGCUCGAGGGAGAAUUGUGUGAUUACAUGGAAUCACAAUAUGGAAAACCAAUGCUUCUAACCGGGCCAAUUUUGCCUAAAAUUACAAACUUAGCAUUGGAAGGCGAGUGGGCCACGUUUUUCAACCGGUUCGAGCCACAUUCCGUGAUAUUUUGCGCAUUGGGUAGCCAAUGGGUACUCGAAAUAGAACAGUUCCAAGAACUUGUCCUCGGCUUUGAAAUGACCAAAAUGCCCUUCUACAUAGCGGUUAAACCACCCAUUGGUUUUACUACUAUCGACGAAGCAUUGCCCAAAGGGUUUCAGGAGAGGGUCAAGGAUCGGGGAGUGGUCUUCGGAGGAUGGGUCCCACAGACUCAAAUAUUGAGCCACGGUUCGGUUGGUUGCUUUGUGAACCACUGCGGGUUCGGGUCAAUGUGGGAGACUUUAAUGAGCGACUGUCAAAUAGUGUUAGUGCCUCAUUUGGGUGAUCAGAUCUUGAACUCCAGAUUGUUGGCAGAUGAGCUUAAGUUGGCAGUGGAGGUCGAGAGAGAACCAAACGGGUGGUUCUCGGGGGAGAACCUUUGCAAGGCCAUUAAAUCAGUAAUGGGCAAAGAUAGUCAGAUUGGAGAAUUAUUGAAAGAGAACCAUUUGAAAAUGAAGGAAACACUAAUAGCCCAAGGGUUCAUGAGUGGUUACAUGGAUAGAUUCAUACAAAAGUUGCAUCGACUUUAGUUGCAAUUCCAUGCACUUAAAAAGGGAAGAUCAAAAUAA